AUGUCAAAUAAUUUGAUAGCCCUCUCAGCGAAUAAAUUAGUCUUAAUAGAUGAUUUAGAUCAGUUUAGCGCUAUAAACUUACAAAAAUCGCUUCAAUUGUUAGUACAAUAUGACAACAAGUUGCUAUUAGCUGGUACAGACGGCGCUUUCUCAUUUGAUAACGCGCUGAACACCUUAAAUCAGUUAGUUUUACCCGUAACUUCUAUCUCUUCUACCAAUUUAGAACCAAUUACCGCUGUAGAUGCAUCAUCCAACAUUCUUUACUUUGCACGCGAAAAUAACUUAUAUUCGAGCGAUAUACCAACAAAGCGGAUACAACUAAUCUAUCAGGGCCAUACAGGUGUUAUUGUCGGUCUUUCCUUAUCUAGAGAUCAGACGCAUUUGGCCAGCUGCUCAAAAGCUGGCGCUUUGAUAUUACAUAGUAUACACCAACAAACUUACAACAUACUCAAUUAUCACCCACGCGAAGCUUUGUCUUAUCUUUCAUUUUCACCUCAUUCUAAUAAUAUCCUAUGCACCGGUACAUAUUCAGGUAGUUUACUCAUACACAAUACGUCAUUUAUUGACGACUUCCCUUACUUAAUAUUUCCAAAAUUACACCCAUCGCCUAUAACGGCGAUCGACUUCUCCCAGGCUUCCAAGAGUCUUGUUGCGAGUGUGUCUCGGGAUGGAUGGAUAGCUGUUGUCGACCUAGAUAACAAAUCAGUAAUUAGAGUUAUAAGUACUGGAUACACACUUAAUUGUUUGGCAUUCGAGGGUGCUCUAUUAGUCGCAGGAACGUCAGACGGUCGAAUCUUGGUGUAUAACUUGCGAUCGGGAAACGCACCGCAGAAUAUCCAAUGUUCGACAGAAGCAAUCACUGGAGUAGUCUUUCAGAAAGACAAGCGGAAGUCUUCUGGACUAAGAUCACGCGACUAUGCUGUCCAUUUCGCUGAACCCCUAGUAAAAGAUGACAGAGGCGAGCAGCUCACAAGGGUAAAGAAGAGCAGUUCAAGUGGAAACCUCAGUCUGUUAGGACAUAACAGACAUUCAACGCACUCAACGAGCUCGCUCUUGAGUCAGGUCCAACCCCCAGCUCCACCACCUAAAGACCUCCCAGUGUACAUGCCUUCCAGUGCGGGUGCGCUGCGCCCACAGGCAACACUCUCUGAGAAAGUCCACAGUGACGAAUUAUUACACAGUCGUCCGCGGAGGACGUCAACCAAUCAACCACGGCCCGUGAGUAUGGCAACGAGUAAUGACAGUAACCUGGCAACCGUGAACGGUAACCUCAAUGCAACUGUUCCACGCAGACGUCGGCAUAGUAGCCGCUCGGAACGUCCGCGAGUUGAAGAUCUUGACUGGCUCAAAGAGGCACGCGAAGUACGUGAGAAGCACAAAUACACGACGUCCGCUCCAGUUAGCUACCAUAAUACCACAAAUCUCAAGCGGUCUGGCAGUAGCGCAUCUUUGCACCACUCAAGGACGAACUCAUUGGAUAAGGUUGAUAAAGUGCAGAAUCAGGAAGAUGCCCUUAAGAAGUUGGUUGAUAGUGCGCAGGCUCUCAAUCUGAGUAGCGAAAUACAAAGAGCACGGGAUGUUCUCGAGAUGGAUUACAAGUCGAAAUUAGAAGCUUGCACUCAGGAGAUACGCAAGCUACGCUCAGAGAAUGCCCUAUUAAGAAGAGAGAACGACAGACUGCGGCGGCAGUCGUAA